AUGCAUCAUACAAACGAGUCUUAUGAUCAUAAAUCAGACAGAACGUCUGUCGACCGGAUUUCACCCAAUGAGAAAAAUGAACCAUCGCCAAAAUCUACACCACAAUCAAGUCGUGCUUCAACACACGGCAAAACUCUGAAACCAACUGGUCUUUCCUUUUCAACAGUCGAUAAAAAUCAGCAAAAUGAUGUAACGUCACUCUCAAAUGAUGUUCAUACGAAAAAUCAAGUGGCGUCUUCAUCCGAUGAGGAUCCAUAUUACUCUUUGAAACACUUACAAGAAAGACGUCGAGGUAAACGCGAUGAAGAUUCUGAAUUGCCUCGGCGCGUGAAGCGAUUUUAUAAAAAUCAAGAUGAACUUAUUGAUGUUUUCGAACGUUUGCAUGGCUCCGGAACAGAACACGGAGCAGAAAAUGAUGUCUACAGAGCAGAGAAAGAAAAAGAUAAAAGAAUAUCCAAGAUAUUAACUAAAGUUUCACUUGGCGUCAAUCUAGCUUUAUUUAUAUUAAAAAUUGUCGGUGCUGUUAUUUCACAUUCACUUUCAGUUGUUUCUUCUGUGAUUGAUUCAGCUGUUGAUCUUACAACAUCGGUUAUUUUAUUUUGGGCCUGGCGUGCAAUAAAAAAACGGGAUUCAUAUCGAUAUCCACAAGGUCGGACACGUCUUGAACCAAUAGCUAUUGUAAUUUUAUCCGUUAUAAUGUGUGCUGCAUCGGUUUUAGUCAUCUAUGAAUCUAUUAAUACAAUUACUAAUGAUGCAGGCUAUUUUACCGAAGUGAAUACAACAAAAACAUUAACAAAAAUUGAUAUGAGUGCAUUACCGAUAUUAGUGAUGGCUGUAACAAUUGUUAGUAAAGCAAUUUUAUUUUUUCUAUGUUACCGUAUAAAAACUCCAACCAUGUCAGCAUUGAGUUCUGAUCAUCGUAAUGAUGUCUUUUCGAAUAUUGUUGCACUUACUUGUGGUCUCAUCGGUUCGAUUGCAUAUAGAAAAGAACUAAGACAAGAAGCCAUUAUCAUUGAUCCUGUCGGUGCUAUUCUGAUUUCAUUCUAUAUUAUUUUCACAUGGAUUCGACAAGCCAAUGCUCAAGUAAAACGAUUAAGUGGAUUUACAGCUGAUCCACAAUUUCUUUCACAAAUAACUUGGAUAACUUACCAUCAUUCUCCAUUAAUUGAAAAAAUUGAUACGGUACGAGCGUUCUAUUUCGGUACAUCGUUUUUGGUUGAAGUUGAUAUUGUUUUACGGGAGGACAUGAUGCUUAAAGAAGCACAUGAUAUUGGAGAAUCAUUACAAAAGAAAAUUGAAGAGUUACCUGAAGUCGAACGAGCAUUCGUUCAUCUCGAUCAUGAAUAUUCUCAUUGUCCAGGUGAUGAACAUAAAGUUGUUUAA